UCUGGAAUUCGUUCCAAUUAUACCAUCUAUAAACGUGGCUUCAGACCUCCAGCAUCAGUACCAGCACAUACCCACCUUUGUAAACUAGGCCUUAUUACAAUAAGUGAAAGCUCCAUUCCACUAUACCGUCGAUUUUUCUCAAGCGCUUUGCUCGGAAAUCUCCGAAUAGAACAUUUUAGUGUCAGGUUGGACUUUGUAUCAUUGGACUCCGUACAGUUAUCUAGCCUUACAUUUUAAUUAAAUGUAAUCCGCAGAUUCAUUCAAAACACCCAUAGGUGCAACAAAGGCAGCGCAUUCAGUCGUGCGAUUUUUGAGUGAAGUGUAAUCAGUGGAAAAAAUUAUUUUUUAAUUGUUUCCUGUGGCCAAGGUUUUUUCGUGUUAGAUUUGUUAACAUGUCGCGAUUAAUUCUUAAGGGUGCUCCACUCGUACAAAGCUUCCAAAAUUGCGGGUUUUUAUCCGUAAUUCCGAACAGUUCAAGGUUUAGGAAAUGCAAUUUUUUGAACCAGAGUAAGAGGUUCAGCAGUGGCGUAGUGCAGUCGCCUCUGGGGCCGGGGAAAAAAAUCCCCAGUGUGAAUUUAAUUGACUAUAUUUAUCAAGACAGCGAAAAAUGGGUGAAAGAGCCGGCCACAACUUGUGCCAUCUCGGGUCGUUCUUACACCUACGGAAUGUUGCGCAUGCUCAUCAACCGGUGUGCGCAAGCGCUCCUGGGUCACUGUGGUAUGAAACCCCGCGAAGUCGUGGGACUACUUUUACCCAACAUCCCCGAAUUUACCAUAAUUUGUCAUGGUGCCAUUGAGGCUGGAUUGACGGUGACUUUCGUCAACCCGUUGUACACUCCUGACGAAAUUAAACGCCAGUUUGACAACGCCGGGGUUAAAAUGAUUGUCACAAUACCGCUUUUACUGGAAGUCGCGUUGACCAUAGCACCCCAUUUGGCAAACUAUAGAAGUACCGUGUGUAUUGGUGGGGAGGACGAUCCUUCUAAGAACGUCCACGGGCUUCAGACUUUGCUGAUGGCGGAGCACGAGUCGGAGCUCCCUGGAUUGAACCCUCAAGAGACUGCGAUUUUGCCGUACUCGAGUGGUACCACUGGACUUCCGAAAGGGGUGAUGCUGUCGCACUAUAAUUUAGUGGCGAAUUUGGUACAAGGGGAUCAUCCAGCUUUGGAAGAUAAAUUCAACAGAGAUGGUAAACCACACACGGUACUGACAGUACUGCCGUUCUUCCACAUUUUCGGCUUCAACGGGAUUUUGAACCUUAGUCUCAGACAUGGGGCUCACGUUGUCAGUAUUCCGCGGUUCACUCCAGAGGACUACAUUAAGGCGUUAGUCCAAUACAAACCCACUUUUGUCCUCGUUGUUCCCUCUCUUCUUCUAUUUCUAUCAACCCAUCCAGCUGUCACUAAAGAGCACCUAAGUUCUCUGGAAGCAGUACAGUCCGGGGCUGCCCCUCUAACCGAAGGUCUUCUCCAAAAGUUCCGCCAGAAGAUCGAUAGAGACGACGUUUUGAUUAGACAAGGUUAUGGUAUGACUGAAACGUCUCCAGUGACGUUCUGCAUGCCCAGAUUGACACCUCCGUCCAAGAUUGGUACCAUCGGGCUACCAUAUCCCGGGACUGAGGCCAAAGUUAUUAGUUUGACGACUGGGGAAACUUUGGGGACCCAUAAAUCGGGAGAACUCCUGGUUAGAGGGCCACAGGUCAUGAUGGGGUACUUAAACAAUGAACAAGCCACUGCAGAAACCCUGGACAAAGAUGGGUGGCUGCACACAGGCGACGUGGCGUACUACGACGAAGAUAGCUACUUUUAUAUUGUGGAUAGAUGCAAGGAGUUGAUUAAGGUGAAAGGAAACCAGGUUUCGCCCACCGAGCUCGAGAACCUGCUGCUCGAGAUGCCCGGUGUGGCCGACGUGGCCGUGGUGGGAAUGCCCGACGCCCUCGCGGGAGAGGUUCCCAGGGCUUUUAUCGUGCGCCACCCAGGGAGCAAUUUCAGCGAAGACGACGUUUUGCUCUACAUUAACCCGAAAGUGGCCCACUAUAAAAAAAUUGCCGGAGGCGUUAAGUUCGUCGAGACCAUCCCCAGGAAUCCCAGCGGAAAAAUUCUAAGGAACGAGCUCAGAGUGCACGCCUAAAUUCUGUUUUGUUUUUGUACAUAGGCUAGGCUUAAACUGAUAUGAUUUUAUUAUACUGUGUUUAUGUUUUAUAAUGAAGUGCUUGUUUGUAAAUACACUUUUUUACGUA